CAAAAUCCUUCCGAUCAGUUGUUGCCACAGCACUGGAUUAGUACUGCGGAUAUGCGUGCACUGUAUAGCGGACCUCGGCCGAAUGUCGUACGGAGAGAAUGACAUUUAAAAUUCGUUGAUCGAGGCGAGCAACCGAGGCGACGAGGGACGGAAGAAGCGAACGUUGACAGCUUGUGACAGCGUCGUCACAUGGAGCAUUGAGAGCAACCGAGCCGAAGGAAAAAAACAGUGAUCAUGGACCUGAACAACGAUCUGGACCCACACUUGCUGCACCAGUUCAGCUGUCUCGGCACCACGGACAAAGACGAUCUGGUGAAGCAACUGCAGAAGUUGCUAGCUGACAGCCACCUCAACGAGACGACCGCCACGUUCUUUCUAGACAUGAACAAUUGGAAUUUGCAAGCAGCGAUAUGCAGUUACAUUGAUUUUGGAAACCCCUUCAACACCCCUUGCAUGACAUUAGUAUGUGACAGCACAAUUGGUGAAGGGGAAGCUGUGCCACCCAGUACAAAUUUUCAGAAGUCAUGGCGCGUACAAAACAGUGGCACAGAAACUUGGCCAAUUGGAAUUCAUUUGCAACAUUCUAGUGGAGUACAGAUGGGUUGUGUAAGGAUACCAGUUCCAUCGUUAGCUCCCAAAGAAACCACAGAGUUAAGCGUAACAUUGAAGAGCCCAGCUGAAAAUGGUGUUCAUCAAAGUAAAUGGAGAAUGAUGACAUCUAAUGGUGUCUAUUUUGGUGACAUUAUUUGGGUGAUUAUAACAGUGCACGAAUGUGGCACAUUGGCAGUCACUCAACAGCUGCAUCAAUUAAGUACACAGUCCAAUGAUGUACAAAUGUGCUAGCCCCUUUGACGUACAAAAGUCUCUCCUAAAGAAGAUUUAUGAGAUAUUGAGUAAGAUGUCUCUCAGAUUAUUGUAAGUUCGCGAUAACUUGUCAUUUUUAAAUUUUAUAUAGAGGUCACUUUUUUUCACAACGGAGCUUUGUUUACCGCUCCAGCACCUCAUAAAACAAAAAAAUUGCUGUAUAUUCGAUAAUUACCAAUAAUAAAGAAUACAAUAAAAUUGGCCACUUUUAUGCUGAUUAAAAUAUUUAUGCAGAACUAGUUUUAAAAGCUAAAUAUAUUACACAAUAUAUUUCUUCAGUAAAAGUUUUAUUGGAUCUCAUUUCGUUAGAAAUAAUUUCUUAUAUAAAACUAAUUUACAUAAAGACAUAAACAAUUUAUACAUAUAUAUAUUGUACGGGAAUUAUAUAAUUUUGUUAUACUUAGCAGCUGCUUAUAUGUAAGGCCUUUCACGAUUGUCCAUGUUUGUCGAUUGUAUCAUGUGUGAUUGAUCGAAAUUACAUUUGUGUAAUAUAGAAAUUAAAAAAUAUAGUAUGUGAUAAUUGGAGUAAAGAAAAAAAGAUCGCGAGAAAUAAAUUUGUGCGAAUGGAUUUUGAAGAUAUUGAUAUAUUAAAUUAAGAUACAAGUUUAUUAUAAGAAUAUAUAAUUUUUAUUAGAAACUAAUGUCUAUAGAGAGAGAAUUGUGUAUAUGGCUAGGGAAUUAUAUAUAAAUAUAUUCAUCGCCCUUUUAUCAACAGGCUGAAAAAAAUUAAACUAUUAGAAGCAAUUUUCUUUUUGCGUUGAAAAAUACUGUAAUUGAAAAUAGUCUUUAAGUACAGUUUAAUAUUGAAAAAGUAUCAUAUUGAUUUAUCACUUAAGUACAUUAAAAAUUAUCACACUUAAGUACAUUAAAAGUAACAUUAACGAAUGUUGUGAAAGUAAAAUGUUACAGUUAAAUGAACAACAUUUUUUAAAGAAAAAAUUUUAUGGAAAAAAUACUUUUAAAAAAUACAGUUUAAACAGCCAUUUUCAUAUAGAUUUUGGAAUAAGGUUUAUAAUCUAUCAAUUCAAAAUCUUCGGCAACGAAAUCAUCAAUAUUUUUAAUGUCUCUAACUAUCUUUAAUUUUGGAAACUCUCGUGGUUCGCGCUUUAUCUGUUCCUCAAAGGCGUUUACAUGGUUGACAUAAACGUGACAGUCUCCCAUUGUAUGUACAAAUUCUCCUGGCUGAAAAUAAAAGAGAGUAGAAAGUAAAAUAAAAA